UCCUCUCUCCGGUUCGUUUUUUCCGACACAACCGGUUCACUCCUCUCCUUCUUCUUCUCCCGUUGCAACUACCAAUGACAAUGUUCUUCCACGAAGAAGCCCAACCGGUUCUCGAAAUCAUGUUCACGCCGACCGAAAUAGAGGAGCUAUUCUCCCUCGUUAACGAACCGCUCAGCCCGGAGUCCGGUUCUCAGGAAUUGAACCGGGUGGUCCGGUCCACGCACGAGAGAAAGCUCCGGCGAAUGCAGUCGAACCGGGAUUCAGCCCGGCGGUCCCGGUGGAGAAAGAAGCGGCAUUUAGAGAACCUCACGAACCAAGCGAACCGGCUCAGAAUGGAAAACCGAGAACUAAAAAACCGGUUAUGCUUAACCAUGCACCAGAAUCUUCUUCUCUCCUUGGAGAAUGAACGUCUUAGAUCCGAAUCCGUGACCCUUAUGGCUACACUCUCAAAUCUUUAUCAAAUUUUAGCCACCAUGAUUUCACAACAGUAGCAGUGUCACUCGUAAACUAAAAUGUAACAACAACAUGAACAAAAUUAGACUAUGUCAUUAUGUGUAUAUGAAUAUCACAUUGAGUAGUACGUACGACGUCGUUUAGCAUCUCACUGUAUAAUAAAUUAAGCUCUUCUUGCUAAUAUACUAUAUACCCCCACCACAAAUUUGUGU